AUGACAAAAAUUGACUAUUCUCUUUAUCUUGUAACGGCGCGAGAAUUUCUACCGCCUGGUAAAGACUAUUAUGAGUCCUUGGAGGAGAGUAUUCAAGGGGGUGUUACGGUCGUCCAAGUGCGAGAGAAGAAAUCGGAUACUGGAGAAUUUAUUGAGAUUGCCCGCCGAACGAAGCAAAUAUGCGACAAGUACAACGUACCGAUGUUCGUGAAUGAUCGAGUGGACGUGGCACUGGCAGUUGGCGCAACUGGCGUACAUAUCGGUCAGACUGAUAUGCCAGUUUCGACAGCUAGGAAGCUUCUAGAAUUGGCACAUUCAAAUUCGCCUUGUCUGAUUGGAGUAUCGGUUAGUAAUGUGGACGAGGCCAAGCGUGCUGUAUUAGACGGAGCUGAUUAUGUUGGAAUUGGGGCGGUCUGGGCCACCGCGACGAAGGAUCUCGUCAAGCCGGUACUGGGUGUUCGAGGUCUGGGAGAUAUGCUGGACAUAGUAGGAGACGCGGGGAUUCCGGCUGUGGCUAUCGGUGGCAUCAAGGUUCACAAUGCUCUCCAUACAUUACAUGGGGCAGUUGGUCCGAUUACAGGAACCGCUCUUUCCGGUCUUGCUAUUGCAACUGAAAUAAUCAGCGCACCGGAUGCCUCGAUACCUGCAAAAGCAUUGACGCAGAUCAUCAACUCUCGUUCCAGGCACUUCCAUUGGCCUGCUCUAUGUCUUCCCGCAAACACUUCUCCAUCGGCGGCCCUCCUGGCCGAAAAUGCCGGCUCGCUCUUGACAGCGUUGAGAGAGCAUUCUCCACUCAUACACCAGAUCACGAAUAAUGUGGUUAUAGCUCAGAGCGCAAAUGCUACUCUAGCGCUGGGUGCCAGCCCGAUUAUGGCCACUGCACCAGAAGAAAUGGAAGAUCUGAGCAAAGUAGCGGGCGGACUUCUUAUAAAUUUUGGGACAAUCACAAACAAGGCGGGUAUGCUGAUUGCGGGGAAAGCAGCUAACGCAAACAAGAAACCAGUUGUAUUUGACCCAGUCGGCGUCGGUGCGACCCAAUUCCGACGGGAAACUGCAAGUGAGCUUUUGAACUCAUGGCAAGCAAGUGUCAUCAAAGGUAAUGCCGGGGAGAUUGGGGCUCUCCUAGGAUCCUCAGAGGUUAUUGCAAGAGGGGUUGACAGUGUUGGUCCUGGAUUCUCUGACCCAGCAAACAUCGUUCGUGCUCUAGCCAAGCGAGAACGCUGCAUUGUCGUAAUGACCGGCAAGACCGAUUAUGUAUCUGAUGGUUACAGCGCUGUUGCCCUCUCGAAUGGACAUUCCAUGCUGGAGGAUAUAACUGGGAGCGGAUGUAUUGUAGGGACUGCGAUUGCGGCUUUCGCCGCUGCAUCUCGCCUCAUAGCAGCAGAGAACACUGAGGAUGAAGGCAAACUUGUUCGGGGAGACAUGUUCCAGGCUGCCGUAGCGGGGGUUCUUGCAAUAACGAUCGCAUCGGAAAUUGCAGCGGCUCGCCCGGACGUCAAGGGUACUGGAACGUUUAUGUCGGCACUUAUCGACGAAUUGUACAACUUGAAGCCGCAAAACAUUGCAGACCGUGCCAUGGUCGAAAUUUUGUAG